AUGCAGCGCGCAGCGGGACCUUCCAGGCCAUCCCACCUUCUUGCGCCGCUGUCGACGCCCGACACGCCCGACCUGACAUCAUCGUCCUCGUCAGGGCUCUUCUCCCCUCUGUCAAGUGAUCUUGACUCUGGCCUGUGCUCGACCUCGCCGCUAUCAGAAAUGAUCGCGAACUAUCGAGCGCGUGGUGGCUAUGACAAAGAAAUCACACCGGGGAUAUGGGAGCCAGCAUUUCCCAGCACACCGUUAUUCCAUUUGGAACCACUAGACUCGUUCGUUCAUCAACAUCAUGUUGGUGAUGCGGGUGAUGAUAGUCUUGAUGCUGAUAUCUACGAAACGCUCCAAGUGUCCGCCCCUCCCAACAGUCCCGUUGGUAUGCUGCCUUUUAACGACUCGACUGCAUCAACCCUACAUCGCCAACGUAAACCGUUACCCUUCCUAACGCAAUUCAUGGACGCCAGCCCUAUCAUGAAGCUCUUCGAGGAAGCGGAGGAAGCCAAGUCCGUGUCGAGGGAUGGUGUGCGCCCUCUUGCGCCUAUCAAGUUGGCCUUCGAACGGGAUACAUUCGGCGAUCUCAAUCUCACCCAGAGUGCUGCCUCCGUGGAAACCAGCGAGCUGCGGGUUUCAUCGCUAAGUAGAGAAGAGAGGCUGCGCAGGGUGCAGUCGUUGAAGCUACACUCCCCUUUUGCUGCUCGGGAUGGUCCCAACUCCGACAGUCCAACACCCAGCUUGACUCCAUCCCCGUCAAAAAAUGCAUCCCUUCCUCGUCUAAAUACGGAACUUGAUCAUCGGAAGCCGCAGAAACCCCAGUUCCAUCUCAUCCUGAGCGACGACGAAGCCUCGCAAUCAUCUCGACCCCCCGGUGCCAUAACUCUGACUCUUUCUUCCCCAAUAUAUUCAAGCCGAACACCCUCAAGUUCAGUUCAGUACCGGCGGAGGUGGUCGGUUGGUUGCGAUGAAGACUCCGGUCUUGCUUCUCCCACCUCCGCGCUUCUAAGCCCGAUGAGUGCUGCUCUAGGGACAGGUUUCUCUAGCUUCAGCUGCGAUUCUCCUUCCCCAUCGCCCUUCCAUCCGCUGCGACCUUCACUCCCAUCGCUGUCGGAUCCAGCGCUCAUGUCAACUUGGCAGUCCGCUAGGCGCGCGAUGCUCUCAUGCAAGGAAAUCGCUCGAUCAGAACGCUAUUAUAUAGCGUCCUUACGCUCAUUGUCAUCUUACGAGGAAGGUAUCCCCCCGGCCCUCGCCCAGGUGGUCCGCUCUCAUGCGCCUUCCCUGAUCGCUGCUAGCCAGUCAUUUGUUGGCGCCCUGGGCAGAGAUUCGAGCUCAUGGGGCACAGCCAAUGCCUUCUUGAUCAAUCAGGAUGUGAUCCAGUCUGCCUUCAUCGCAUGCAGCGAGGCACUACACUCCCUCGAUAUAGAUGCAGAGACAGCGAAGUCCCUCCGGGAUGCUGUAGAGCUUCCGGUUGAUCGUGUCGCUAGAUACAUCUUCUUAUUCCAAGAUAUUCUGACACAUACUCCGCCUACCUCGUCCUCAUGGUCGACCAUCCAGCGGGCCCUCCAGUCGGCCACGCGGAUUGCGCGCAUGUGUGAGGAUUACCCGCUCGAGAGAGUUCCUGAGUUCGAAGACUCGGAUGGUGAUUCGUUGUAG